AUGGAUCGCCUGAACCGGAUGCUGCAGGCUGCCCAGGGCAUGGGAAUGGGCAGCGCUGCUCCAGGUGGUGAUACCCCAAACCUCAUCGAUAACUCUGAAACUGUUCACAUUUCUUCCUUGGCCCUUUUGAAGAUGCUGCGGCACGGCCGUGCCGGUGUGCCUAUGGAAGUCAUGGGUCUUAUGCUGGGAGAGUUCGUGGACGAGUACACAGUUCGAGUGGUAGAUGUAUUUGCCAUGCCCCAGAGCGGUACUGGUGUUAGUGUCGAGGCUGUGGAUCCUGUGUUUCAAACCAAGAUGAUGGAGAUGCUGCGACAGACAGGACGACCGGAAACCGUUGUCGGCUGGUACCACUCUCACCCUGGUUUUGGAUGCUGGCUGUCUUCCGUCGAUAUCAACACCCAACAAUCAUUCGAGCAACUCACCCCUCGCGCCGUGGCUGUCGUGGUUGACCCGAUCCAGUCCGUCAAGGGCAAGGUUGUCAUCGAUGCUUUCCGCCUUAUCCAACCCCAGACUGUCGUUAUGGGCCAAGAGCCUCGUCAAACAACCUCCAACUUGGGUCACUUGAACAAGCCUUCCAUCCAAGCCCUCAUUCACGGUCUUAACCGCCACUACUACAGCAUUGCCAUCAACUACCGAAAGACUGGAUUGGAAGAGAACAUGCUCAUGAAUCUGCACAAGCAUGUAUGGACUGAGGCCCUCCAGAUGAACGACUUCCAUGAGGAAGGUCAGCACAACGUGGACCAGAUGAAACAGCUUGUCAGCCUCGCCGAGGGCUACGAGAAGCGAGUGAAGGAAGAGACCGAAUUGAGCAAGGACCAGCUGAAGACACGAUAUGUCGGCAAAGUUGACCCCAAGAAGCACAUCGAAGAUGUGAGUCAGCAAUUGAUUGAAGACAACAUUGUUGCUGUUUCCAGGCAGAUGAUCGACAAGGAAGCGUCGGUAGCGCGCCAGUCAGCAACCAAAGAUGACACGAAUGGCGCCUCGAUGGAUGUGGAUGAGGAACUUUAG